UGUGCGUUUAUCGGAAGCCAACAAGCAGGGCGUUUCUUCUUCGUGACGGGAGCUGCUCUGCGGUUUGCUAGCCUCUCCUCCUGGAUACAUCUUCAGUCGCCGCGUUGACUCCCGAGUCCCGAGGAGAGAAACACACCUUACCGAGUCUCCUGUGGAGGAUAAACCGCAACCUGUUGAAGAGCCACAGCUAACUCCUCUCUUCAGCGGAUCUGACUGAGCCUGUGCCGUUGGCAGGGGCGGAUCUACUGGGGUAGCAUGGGGUGGCAGCCCUAUGAAUUAGAUGACAAGGGCUUUAGAUUUAACAGGGAAAAUGGAGGCCCAGACGUCCAAGGUGGUGCUGUCUUUGAACGCUAAAGAGGUGGAUUCGCUCAAAGACGGAGUGAGCUUCAAGAAAAACCCAGAAGAUGGGAGAUGUUACAUCAUCUACAAGAGCAGCGGCGGCUUCAAAGCCUGCAAGAAUCAGUGCAAACACCAAGGAGGGCUGUUCAUCAAGGACAUAGAAGACCUGGACGGCAGGACGGUGAAAUGCACCAAGCACAACUGGAAGCUAAACGUGUCGUCGAUGAAAUACGUGAACCCGCCCGACAGCUUCCUGCAGGACGAGCUCGAAGUUGAAAUGUUGGAUGACGGAGGGAUGCAGCUGGUUGAGCUGAGCCCCAUUGACCCCUGGCUGACUGACCCCAGAGAGCCUCUGGAGCUCCAGGAAGGAGAAGUUAAAAUAACAUACCUCACCCACGCCUGCAUGCAGCUGCAGCUGGGACAGAAGCACUUCCUGUUUGACCCCUGGCUGAAGGGUCCCGCCUUCGCUCGCGGCUGGUGGCUUCUCCACGAGCCGCCGGCAGACUGCCUGGACCGACUCUGUGCCGCAGAUCUCAUCUACAUCAGCCACCUGCACUCCGACCACCUAAGUUAUCCCACUCUGAAGGUGUUGUCAGAACGGAGGCCAGACGUUCCCAUAUACGUUGGUGACACAUCCAGACCGGUCUUCUGGAAUUUGGAGCAGAGCAAGGUCAAGCUGACCAAUAUCAGAGUCACUCCUUUUGGUGUCUGGCAAAAUGUUGACAAUAAUCUGAGGUUUAUGAUUCUGAUGGACGGUGUCCAUCCUGAAAUGGACACCUGUAUCAUUGUUGACUAUAAGGGUCACAUGAUCCUGAACACGGUGGACUGCACCAGACCAAAUGGGGGCAGACUACCAGAAAAAGUGGACCUGAUGAUGAGUGAUUUUGCUGGUGGUGCGUCUGGAUUCCCCAUGACAUUUCACGGAGGGAAAUACAGUGAUUCAUGGAAGGCAGAGUUCAUCAAAAACGAAAGGAAGAAGUUACUGAACUACAAAGCCACGCUGGUCAAAUCCCUACAGCCGAGGAUCUACUGUCCCUUUGCUGGAUAUUUUGUGGAAGCUCAUCCAUCAGACAAGUACAUUAAGGAUACAAACAUCAAGAACAGUGCAGAGAACCUCAACGCACUCAUCAAUCAGCUUUCACCAGACACCAAGACAUGGACUCCCAAACCCGGCGCUGUGCUGGACCUCGGCCUCGCACUGAAAGACCCCACAAGCAGUGAGGCCAUUACUGAUCCUCCAGCCAAUGCCAAAAUCUACAAGGACAGCUGGGAGUUUGACUUGUAUGUGGAUGAGCUCAACAGCGCCAUCAGCAGUGAGAUAUUUAAGCAUGAGAGCUGGAUCCAGUUUUAUUACAGCUGGGCAGGCUUUCAAAACUACAACCUGGUGGUGCGGAUGAUUGAAACAGAUGACAGCUUUAAACCAAUGAGUAAUGGCUACGACUAUCUGGUGGAUUUUCUGGAUUUGUCAUUUCCUUCCACAAGACCAGACAGAGAGCACUUCUACAUCGAGGUUAAAAACAGAAUCGGCGUGAUGAGGUACGUGGUUCUGCACGGCGGCCUCUGGGAUGACCUGUACAUCGGCUUUCAGAACCGCAUCAGCCGAGAUCCCGACACCUACCACCACAAGUUCUGGAACCACUUCCAGACCCAGUUGCCUCUUCACGGUCCGGACUGGGACCAGUUUCUGCUGCAGGUCCCUCCCAUCCAGGAAACGGACGCAUUAAAUUAUGGCCUGUUGAAUUACUGUUCCAUUUUAUAGAUUUUUUUAAGGAGAACAUAUGAAGGAAAUGUUCCAGAUUUCUUGGUUUAAACAAAAGUAAAAUGAUUAAUUGCACUUAUUGAGCCAAAGUGGAAUGUCCAUGAAACCUAAUGGAAGCUAUAUCUUCCUAAUGGAAAUUAACUGUCUGGGAUUUGUUUUUUCUUUUCUUACUUAUUGAAUGUAUGACUUUCUAAACCAUCACCCCAUAUAUAAAUGACUUAGAUAUUUUAA